GAAUGCUGCUGGUGACUGCCGACACACUGGGCCAUGACUUCCACGUUUUUCAGAUCCUCACUCACCCCUGGGCUUCCUCCCAAACUGCUGUGCACCAUCUGUAUACGCUGCAUCGUGGGGAGACCGAGGCCAAGGUCCAAGACAUGUGCUUCAGCCAGGACAGCCGCUGGGUAGCCAUCAGCACUCUCCGUGGCACUACGCAUGUUUUCCCCAUCAACCCUUACGGUGGGGCACCUUGUGCCCGUACACAUAUGUCCCCAAGAGUGGUGAACCGAAUGUCCCGUUUCCAAAAAAGUGCCGGCCUGGAAGACAUCGAGCAAGAAUUGAACAGGGCGACUGUGAUGGGAGGAGGAGCCGUGGGCACAGGAGGAAGUAGCUGCAUCCUGGGGCCGGGGGGAGGCAUCGGAGGCCGCUGUAGCCCCAUACCCGGUUUGUCCAGCAGCCCAUCCGGAUCUCCCUUGCAUGCCAAACUGAGCAACCAGGAUUCAUACAACAAUUUCACCAACAACAACAUGGGGAACCCUCGGCUCAGCCAACUGCCCAGCCUCACUGUGGUGCUGCCGCUGGCUCAGAUCAAACAGCCCAUGACACUCGGCACCAUCACCAAACGCACCGGGUCUACAACGUGUCAAAGUCCAGGCCCGGGUUUCCGGAGCUGGCCGUAUAGCAAAGCUAAGCCACCACCUCAGAUAUCCCCCAGCAAGUCCAGCGGAGGAGAGUUCUGCGUAGCUGCCAUAUUCGCCUCAUCUCGCUCCUGGUUCAUCACUAAUGCCAACGUCAAAAGAGAAAAAGAUCAGACUCGACAGUUGGUUGUUGAUUCACUUUACAUAGUAAGUUGCCACGGCAAUUUGGUGGAACAUCUCCUUGAGCCUCGGCCAAUUAGCACCGCUCCAAAGAUUAGUGACGAUACACCUUUGGAGCUCAGCACCUCUCCAAGAGCCUGCUGGACUCUUGCCAGGACGCCGCAGUGGAACGAGCUGCAGCCACCCUUUAACACCAGCCACCCGCUGGUGCUGGCCUCAGACCUGGUUCAGUAUUAUCAAUGCCUUCUUGCUGCAAUGCCGUCAGGGAGCCCAGGCCCAAUCAUGCGGCACGAGUCAUCAGACAGCCUGGCAUCGGACCAUGGUGCGCAAGAAGAUGAAGAGUGGCUCUCUCAGGUGGAGAUUGUGACCCAUACAGGACCCCACCGUCGCCUCUGGAUGGGCCCUCAGUUCCAGUUCAAGACCAUUCAUCCUUCAGGUCAGACAACAGUCAUCUCCUCCUCUUCGUCGGUGCUGCAGUCCCAGGGCCCCACCGAUGUCCAGCAGCCCCUUCUGGACUUUGACACAGAUGACCUGGAUCUGCACAGUCUGCGGAUCCAGCCAGUGCGUUCAGAACCGGUCAGCAUGCCCAUCUCGUCACGGUUGAUCACUGAUCGUCGAGGACAGUCAAAUAUUAUGGACAGCGGAGCAGGUUAUUCCAAAAUAAAAGAAGCUCCUCGCUCUUCCAGUUAUCAUUUCAAUUAGUUUUUUUUCUCGCUUUUUAUUUUGCCUACACUUGCUUGCAUAACUACCAUUUCACUUCAUGCAUUCAUCCCUCCAUUCCCCUCCCACCUUCUCUCACCCCCCAGUCAUUGUUUUAACAUGGAUAUUGUUGAGUGAAGAGGAAAAGCGGGAGGAGGAGGAGGAGGAGGAGGAGGAAAAGAGGAAGAUGACCAGCUCUCAAUUUGUGUUCCUCUCUUCAUCUGUUUGCUUUUUUGCAAGUUUUCUUCUGUUUUUAUGAGUUUAUAAACAUAAGAAGACAUGACCUAUUUAAACUCCAUUGAUUUUGACAGCCUCAAUGUGUCAUACAUUCUUAUAGUCAUUUCCCCUGAUUAAUAAGACUGAUUAUCAGAAAUAUGUAAAUGUAUUCGUCUUUUUCAUUCCUCCUUUGGGGGCUUGUGUUUUUAAUGACUGUAGUUACAGAAAACAAUGUUAUUUCAUCUUCUUUUUUGCUUUUUAGCUUGUUAUCACAGUAAAUACCUGAUGGGUUAGCUUAAAGUGACAGAACGUUAGAAAAGAUUGAAGAGCUGUUGCUUUUUCUUGCUAAUCUUAAAAAAUACAUUUUUCCCAAAUUCCUCAUUCAGUAUAUGUCUCAACACCCUUCCCUUUAUUUUAGAUAUGAUAUUUAGCCACUGAUGUAAAUGCCUCUGUCUUAAACAGUCAAGUUUUUAUGGACUCGUCCUCUAGUCUUUGAUUUCUAUGAUCUAACUGCAAAGUUAAGGCGGUGAUGCAGAGAGGUUCAGCCUCAGGACGCCACAGUUCAGGGAUUUUACUAUUUCAUUGUGUUUAAAGUAACAUUAAAAGAAACGUUCCAAAGUAAAAACAGUUUUUAUUUUUAGGUCUAAACACCACACUAGUUUGUGGAGGAAAUGAGUUGCUGUUUUCUCAAAGAUGAAUAAGUUGAAGUUAUGCUGCCCAUGGCUCAUAGAGAUCUGCCAGAGCCACGUCCUCUCACCAGAGAUGAGCCCUCCAGACUCGGCUUUCUAAACUAGAGCGUGUUACUCAAACACGCUCAAAAUGCUCUUGUUUCAGUGCUAACUUUUUUUUUUGUUUUUUAUCUUAAGUAUUGAUGAACGUGAAAUGAAUCCACAAGUCAUCAGCCCCAGAUUCAAAGUACUUCUUCCUUUUAUUGUGAUAUAUUUAUAUCUCUGUUUAAUACUAGUAAAUGACCCAGUAACAGGCAAAAGAUGCAUGCAGAGGUGUGCUUAAAUGUAAAGCUGUAUCUUUGAUAAUAUGACUGUUUAUCUUGUUUAUCUGUUUUAUUCGAGUUUCUCUUGUAUCUUGGGUCAUGUAGCCAAACUAAGAUCACUGAUUUUAGCCAGCAGAACAGUUUUAACCUGGCCUCCUAGAUACCAUCCAUGAGACACCUCACAUCUUUCUGCCUCUGGAGUCUCUUACCUGGAGCUUCCCAUUGCUUGAGGUUGAACCCAUGACAUGAUUAACUCAUUAGUUUUCAGAAUGAACUCAAUGCAAGAAAUAUGUUUCACUUUUUCUAAAUUAAGCCCCCCUCUCCUUCAAAAUAAAAACAAAGCAAUUACUGAUCAGCACUUUUAAAAAUGCAACAUUUAAGUAACAAGUAACCCCCUUGUGAUUUUUUUGGUGUCACAAUUUCUGCUCACACAAACAAAGAUGGGACUUUGGGAUUAUUCUGAAAACAGGACAUGAAUUAAUCCUGCCUGUGUACUGGCAUACAAGGAAAGCUGCCCUCUGAAACGAACAAUGUUGACCGGUUUGCUAAUAUUCUGAGGUAUUUGUUGACUGCCCGCUGUGUCUUUUGUAGGUCUUUGGUGGAGUGUCAAAACCUGAUCUCAUUCUGUUUUAGAGUUCUUUUCUUUUUGUUUCAACCAUUUCAAAUCUUUUUGUAGAUUAUUCUAAUGUAUAUGUGAUACUUUGAUGAUCCUCAAGUGAAGGGUUCAUGUGAACUAUUAAACGUUCAAAGAAUAAUAAA